AUGGCCUCAGUCCCAUCCCCAUACCUCUCAUGGGACAUACUGCGGCCAUGUCUCAAAUGUUGCGAUCGCCUUUGGAUAUCUGAACUCGCCAUUUUUGGAGAAUGCAUCGGCGCCAUUGCAUGGAUUCCAAGUGCUCUCUCUCUUCUUCUGCUCAUAUCAGGAUAUGGCUUGCAGCCAAUAUGGCGCCGCCGCCCAAUCUGGCUGCGCAACUUUGCAGCCGAGUCGCCCGAAGAGGCCGAAAUGUCUUCUGUCGAGCUCGGGCUCCCGAUGCGAAGAAAUUGGAGCCGCUCAGUUCUUUUCCUCUUGGUCAACUCAGCAGUCGGUCUCGUGCUCAGCCUUGUGGCCAGUUUAAACCCAGAUAUAGGGCCCCUCUUUCUCACGCCACUGAUACCGCAUGCGGUCACUUGCAUUACAUUGGCAGCCGAAAGGCCGCGGUCGACGCCAGGGCUGGUAUUGGUCGUUCAGGGUGCAUUGUUUCUCAUCCAGCUCGUUAUGUUCAGCACUAUACUGUAUGUCACGACAAGGCUUGGCCUCGUGUGGUGGAUACUUGAGAUGCUCGUCACGGUAGCCUCCGUGAUCUGCAUUCUCAAUAUGCCAUUGCGUGACCAUCACCUUGGCAGCAUCGAUAUUUGCUCCCCCUUUCAGACGCCGACAUCGAAACUUCGCAGCCCAGAAGACAGCUUCACGCUCUGGAACUGGAUGUCUGUAGGCUGGAUGGGACCAGUCGUUGCGGCGGGAUGCCAGAGACAGCUCCACGCCGAAGAUGUGUGGCAGCUGCCCCUCCAAUUCCAACACGACCGGCUGCACCGCCUCUUCAGGGAUGUCAAAGGAUCAGUCCUCAUGCGUACCGUCAAGGUCAAUGCGCCAGAUUUGAUCAUAACAACCUUCUUGGGUAUUCUCGAGUCGCUUUGCUCCUUACUCCCAAUUGUCUUUCUUAAGGAGCUUUUGACUGCCCUCGAGGGCGAAAACGCAAACCGAAGGGUUGCUGUGGUCUACGGUGUGUUCAUCCUGCUCGUUCGGCUGAUUGGCGCCCAGUCUGGGAUAUUCAAUCUCUGGUUCUGCCGGCGAGCUUAUGAGCGGUGCAGGGGCGAGCUGAUCACUAUGAUCUACGAGAAAACCUUGAGGCGGAAGGCAUUCACAUUUCCCAGCAACCAUAACGAAAAGGAAGGUGAAAAAUCAGUGGACAAGAGCAAGACCAAUGGGGGCCCAGCGUCCAUGGGCAAGAUCCUCAACUUGAUGCGCAACGAUGUUUACGAGGUUGCACAGCGCUUCUGGGAAUUCGCUAAUCUCGUUACAAAGCCCAUGACUUUCAUCUUAACGAUAGUCCUGAUCUGGGAAAUCCUGGGACCAGCAGCGCUCGGUGGGGUCCUGCUCAUCGUCCUCGCCCAGCUCAUCAACGUCUUCACCAUCCGCGCCCUUGUCAGUUGGGAGCGGGCCCGACGCGGUGUCACCGACGUCAAGCUUCAGCUCACCUCUCAAUUCGUGGAGGCAAUACGUCACCUGCGCUGGUAUGACUGGCAGGAUAAGUGGUUGGGCCAAAUCCUGGCGUCCCGGCAGAAAGAGCUACGGUACCGAGUGAUUGUAAACCUGAUCAACAAGGCUGUUGCCGCCACCAAUAAGAUCUCGGCCUACUUCUUUCCCGUGGCGGCAUUUUACGCAUAUACUAUGAUUGGCAAGCAGCCUCUGCGAGUCGACAUCGCCUUUCCGGCAUUGACCCUGUUCACCCAGCUGAACCAAAGCCUGAACGAGCUCCCAGGGCUAGUCACUGUGCUCCUCAAUGCGAGCGUGGCCAUGGGCAGAAUUGACAAUUUCAUGGCCGAGCCAAACAAGGACGAGGAGUACGAUGCCCUUGGAGAGUCUGGCACGCAACCAGCUGGGGAGCUCGAGAUAGCGUUCCGCGAGGCAUCUUUCUCAUGGCCCGGAUCUCCGCCAGCGCAACACGUCCUCUCAAAUGUCACCUUUUCAGCUGGCCCGGGCCUGACUGCCAUCUGUGGAAAAGUGGGUUUCGGAAAGACUGCCUUGCUUCAUGCCAUCCUGGGAGAACUUGAUGAUCGUGGGGGCACAAAGAAGAUACCCAGUGAGGUGGCAGGGUACUGUGCGCAGACACCAUGGUUGCAGAGCAUGAGUAUUCGGGAGAACAUACUGUUUUCCUCCGGCCUCGACGAGGCGAGGUAUCGGCAGGUCCUCGCGGCAUGCUGUCUGAUUCCUGACUUGUCGAACUGGAAGGCAGGAGACUUAUCGCUGAUCGGCGAGAAUGGCGUCGGUCUCUCUGGUGGCCAGAGGGCGCGGGUGGCACUCGCCAGGGCUAUCUACAGCCAGGCGAGGAUUCUAUUGCUGGACGACCCUAUCGCUGCACUGGACCACCAGACGGCUGAGACAAUCCUGCGUAACCUUUUCAGAAACACGGACUUGAUGAAGGGUCGGAUGGUCUUCUUUGUCACACAUCGCAUGGACAUCUUGACGAGAUAUGCCGAUCAGGUCCUGGAGAUCUCGCAGCCUGGGAUGGUGACUGUCAUCUCCCGCGAAGAGAUUAACGCUCACGAGGAGCUACUUCACUUUGCCGCGGAGGAAGAGCACCGUCGAGAAUCACUGGACGACGAACACGCAGACAAACCAGACGAGGACGUUCUACCCGACAAAUUCAUCGAAGAGGAACAUCGGGCCCAUGGCGGUGUCAUGAUGUCAGUAUACUGGCAGUACAUCAAGGCCGGUAAUCUCUGGUACUGGGCCGGUCUCGUCGUCCUAUUCACCGUGUUCCGAGCCUCCAGGCUUGCGCAUUACUAUUUCUUGAAGGUUUGGGGCGAGGCCUACGAAGAUACCGCGACGACCCAAAUCUACUUCGUUGCCAAUAACGAGCCAGAGCACAUGUUCCCAUCGGCUGCGGGCCCGAACUUGAGCACUGCUGCUUCUGGUGACUGGUGGAACAUUAACCUUGACCUCCCACCUCCCGACGCCGACGCACGGCCUUGGCUGUUCUGGUUUUUUAUCAUCGCCCUUCUGCAGUUCGUCUCAUUCAUGCUAUCCGACCUCACGAUUGUGCUCAUCAUCUACACUGCGGGCAAGCACCUCUUUCAACAGGUCAUGCUCAAAGUUGCCAACGCCACAUUUCGCUUCUACGACGUGACGCCCGUCGGUCGCCUGAUGAACAGACUGACAAGCGAUAUUGGUACUAUCGAUGGCCAGAUUGUCACGCAAAUCCGCGACGUCGCGUGGUACUUUAUGUUCUGGGCUUCCAGCGUGUUCGUCAUUGCGUCGACGACGCCGGUUUUUCUCCUCAUCGCUGUCAUCAUGACCUUCCUUUUCAUCAUGAUCUUCAUGCGCUUCCUCCCAGCAUCACAAUCGCUUCGACGACUGGAAAUGGUUUCUUUAUCCCCACUCAUGUCGAACUUUGGCACCCUCCUUGAGGGCCUUACAACUGUCCGCGCUUUCCGCGCCGAACCUCACUUUCAGAACCAGAUCAUCAUAACAACCGAGGCCUUUCAAAGAAUGGACCACUUUUUCUGGUCUCUCCAGGCAUGGCUCAUGUUCCGCUUCGACAUCCUCUCCGCGCUCUCGACCUUUAUUCUCACAAUGUCAGCCCUCCUCACUGGUCUCGGUGCCGGCACAGUCGGUUUCGUCCUGGGGACUGCUGGAAAUUUUGUAACUUGUACGCAUAACCUCUGCCGCAAGUACGGUGACCUACAGAUGCAGUUCGUCAGCGUGGAGCGUGUGAUUGAGCUUAUUGAUCUGGAGGAGGAACCUCGCGGUGACCUCGAUCCGCCUGCCGCAUGGCCUAGCUACGACGACGACAUCAUCUUCGACAAGGUCACAGUUCGAUACGCAAAGGGCCUCGACCCAUCGUUGCGAGACAUCAGUUUCCGCAUACCGGCUGGUGCGACGGUCGCCGUGACUGGCAGGACGGGAAGCGGAAAGAGUACGCUCGCGUUGACAUUACUUGGUACGAUCCUGCCCGAGUACGACGAGGCUACCGGCACUCUAGGAAGCAUUCGUAUCGGCAGCAUGGAUGUGGCGAGGGUGGACAAACAUGCGCUCAGGAAGAGGAUCAGCUUCGUGGCGCAAGAUCCGGUGCUGUUUCCUGGUACGCUGAGGGACAAUUUGGAUCCCAUCGGCGAGCACUCAGACGAGGAGUGUGAGCUGGUCCUGAGGAGAGUGCUGGGUGCAGCAGACGAGUCCGGCCCUCCGUAUUCAUCCGCCCUGACGCUGACCACCCGUGUAGACGGCGGCGGCAAGAACCUCUCCCAGGGCCAGCGACAGCUCAUCGGUCUGGGCAGGGCCGUGCUGCGGCGGAGCCCCGUGGUGAUCCUGGACGAGGCGACAGCAAGCAUCGACAAGAAGACGGCGUUCUACAUUCAGAAGGUUCUGCGUGAGGAGCUGCGCCAGAGCACAGUGAUCACCAUCGCGCACCGCGUGGAAGCCGUGAAGGAUGCCGACUUUGAGAUCGUCCUGGACAAGGGAAAGGUGGUGAGGGCACAGGCCUUGAUUGGGGGUUGA